UAGAGAUAUGAGCCGGAAGUCAGUGUUCUCGGCUCAUACGCACGUUGCUUACAAGCAUGGCUCCUGGUGGGAAGAUCAACAAACCGAAAACAGAAUUGGGGAAGAAGCUGUUCAAGAGGCGGAGGGUUCUGACGAAGCAGAAGAGGAAGAAGCACCGCAUUGUUGGAGCAGUGGUGGAUGAAGGGCUUAUAACUAAACACCACCUGAAAAAGAGGAGCACCAGCUCCAGAGCGAACAUCACCCUUUCUGGGAAGAAAAGACGAAAGUUGCUGAAACAGCUGCGUCACAUGGAGAAAGAGAAAGCAUCCAUGGAUGUUGAAGAAGUACCAAAGAAGAAAGCAGCUCCUGCUGAAAAGAAGAAGGAGAAGAAAAGCGGCGGUGACGUGGAGAUGAUGGAUUUGGAAUAAGACAAACUAUAUGGACAUUUUGAAAGCUGCUAUUUUUCCCUCCCGUGUGUAGACUGUACAGAAUCUGCACAUGAAACAUGUACGCCUUUUGACAAUGCUGAUAAUAUAAAUAUCAGUCCUUGCAGUAUUUACUGUGAUGAUCUUCAGAUGAGCUGAAAGGAUUUCCGUCUUGUUAAAUUCUUUAAAACCAAUAGUCUUAAAUCUGAAUUCUCUCUCUGUGUGUCAGAGCAGCUCUUUGGAGACGAUCUUCGCUGCAGUAUGUUGACAUGAGGAGAAAACUGAUGGAUAAUGAUGGCUCGAUGAACAGUUUUAUGUCUUUAGCAUUUAUUUGGAUAAUUAGAUUCACCAAAUCUUGUUUUCUGACCAAACUCCACUUUCUCAAAACGAUUUUGUUCUCUUGUUUCCUGUGGUGUUGCGACACAAUAAAGUUCACCUUAGUGUUCA